GUUCACUUGUUGAUGCCUCUCUUUUUUUCUGGAUCUCGCCACUGGGGACAAAGCAAAAAAAAGUUAGGGAAUGACUGAAUGACUGGCUGGGAAAGAAGAAGAGACGAUACACAACUCGGGAACUUGAGGCUUGCAACUUGGGUUUACUUACUCCCCUCGCUUGAUCUGACCAUCACCACCGCCAAUACGCCUUCGCUCACAGCAGCAAUUCCUCACCUUAUUGUCUCAAACACGUCCUUCCAUCUCAACAUCUACCUGGAUAUCGUGAAGGAAGAGAGAAAAAAAAAGAUGUCACCACAAAAAGAUACCGAUUCCCCUCCUCCAUACGCAGUAGCAUACACCUCUUCUGGACCUGUGCCCCCCUCCUCCUCUUCUUCUUCGCAGAGCCAAACCAUGCUCAACCAACUCAGCACCACACGCACACGCCACAUCCAAUCCGUCAUCUCGCACUCCAUCAUCCCGCUCAUCCAAGCCCGCACCGCCUACGGCAUCGCGCAGACAACACUCGCCCUGCUGCCCUCAGACAUCCCGCUGCCGCCCGUAGCCGAGCAAUCCGAGUUCAGCUUCGCGGCCGCAGACACCGACACCAAGCCCGUCCAGGUCAUUGGGUUUUCGUCCCAAGACGAGCCGCAGGUGGUGCGGCUGCAGGGCCAGAUGAACCGCACCGAGUUCUGGAGACCGCAGCUGGUCAUCGAUGAGCUGGAGACGCUGUUGACGCUGAAUCUGAAUCCGCCGCCGCCGCCCGAGCACACGACGCCGACGUCGUGCGAUGCUGCUGCUGCGGGAGAAUCGGCGCCCCGGCACUCGCGCCGCACCUUGCUGAGCAGAGUGAUGCCGUCGCUGGGGCCAGAGCUGCGGUCGCCGGGCAACAACCCAGAGGUUGGCGUCGCUCAAAUAGCGCAAAAGGGCGUCGUCGUCGUCAAGGCGCGGUUGGAGGAGAUUUGCCUCAGGACAGUUAGUGAAUUCGGCUUGUUUGAUACCAUGUCUAGACAAUGUGUUAUUAUCCGCGUUGAUGCGCGCUGUUGACGUGGGAGUCUAUGGACGACUCAAGUAUGCUGUGGGACAUAUAUCUUCACAUCUAAGACAUGCUUGUUUGACGCCAUAAUCAUAUUCGAAAUAAAAAUAACAAGAAAAAA